AUGCGCCGAUGGACACCCCCCGUGGCCCCGGCCCCGGCCCCGGCCCGCGCCCCGGCUCCGGGGCUCCCCACCAGCCGCCGCACCUCCUCCUCCUCCUCCUCCUCCGCCUCCGUCCGCCUGGCGUGCCUCGCCGUGCUCCUGCUCAGCACCGGUGUGGCGGCCGGCGGCUGUCCUCCUCCGGGGGUCGGGGCGCACAACCCCCUGCAGGCGCUGGCCGGGGGGGUGAACUGCUCCUGGACACUGGAGAGGCACACGCGCAGCUACAACCACCUGGAGGGCGACGUGAGGCUGCGGCGCCUCUACUCCGCCAACAAGUUCUUCCUGUGCAUCGACAAGGGCGGCAAGGUGGACGGCACGCGGCGGAAGAACCUGGCCGACAGCCUGAUGGAAAUCCGAUCUGUCAGUGUUGGAGUCGUCGCCAUCAAAUCUGUCAGCACCGGCCUGUACUUAGCCAUGUCCAAGAAAGGCACGCUCUUCGGAUCGGUUAAAUACAGCCCCAACUGCAAGUUCAAGGAGCGCAUCGAGGAGAACGGCUACAACACGUACUCCUCUCUGCGCUGGAAGCACGGCGGCAGGCAGAUGUUCGUGUCCCUCAACGGGCGGGGGAAGCCGCGACGGGGACACAAGGCUCGCAGGAGACACCCCUCCACCCACUUCCUGCCCAUGCUCCCCUCCUAG